CGUUUCAACGCAAAAAGCUCAACCUCCAUGUUCGAAAGCUGCUCCUGUUCAACCACCCCGAGAAGCUUUUCCACCCCUAGUUCACCGGCUAGCCACAUCCGCGCAACAUAGCCAAGUCCUGACAUCAAUUUAUGCUCGACAUUCGCGACUGGGUCCACUUUUUCGCACAGCAUCCUUCGCUUCAAUCACACUCACAUCUGCGUUCGAACGUGCAUUCUCGACUCAAGUUUUGUCUACCUGCAGGCGUAAUAAAAAGGUUAACAUUUUUUCUAAAUAUUUAGCAGCCAGUGGUGUCGAUGGUAGAAAAUGGUGCUUUCCACCGCAGCUUAAAAAAGUUCAGAUUUACGCCCAUUCGUUGUGACCCAGCUGAUUCGAUGAAGUGUUGGUGGUGGGGCUGGUGCUGCUGCUGCUUUUGCUGAAACCGGAAGGAAAAAGUUUUAGCGUGAUGUUAUCUCGUCGCAUCCUGGCAGCAGCAGGACGACGCUAUUAAUAGAAGGUCCACUAUUGGAGAAGUUUCGCGGCGAGAAAUCACCAUCACCAUCGAGCAGGAUUUCCCCCGCCCCCCGUCGACAAUGGACUUUAAAUGUCCGCUCUGUGAUACGCCGAUGCCCUCGAUGGAGAAGCUCAAGCAGCACAUCAAAAACACCCACAGUGCGUACUUUUGCGACACCUAUCUGUUUCCGCCGGAGAUGCUCUUUCCCGGGGCGCCCUCGACGGUCGCGACCAACAACCUGGAGGGGGUGAUUACGAGCGAGCCGACCUUUCAGCUGUCCACGCCGGAGGUGACCAUCGAGCAGGCCGAGGAACCGUGCUGCGUGUGCUGCGAGUACGAGGGCGCGGACGGCGAUCCGACGGAUUGCGGGAUGUGCGACUGCAACUGCGAGGACGACGCCGGGGGUGAGUGCGACGAUUGUAUGGUGAUGUAAUUUAGGGUAAACUCAAAUCGAUGUGACACACAUAGUAUUUUUUAUAAAAGUGCCUAUACUUCUGCAAAAAAAAAAACAAAAGGUCAAACCACACACUCAUUAAAAUUCACACACAAACACACUCACGCAAUCAUAGAAUCGAGCUCAACAGAUUUUUGUACUUUAGCAACACAAACAGAGUGCGUAACGAACAGCAAUCAGACACACUUCCACGGCGACCAGGUCAAGCAAAUUGAAUUUAGAGCGACAACUCGUUUUUUGUAAACACCACCGAUAGUUUUAAAAAGAGCAAAUCUGGCCACUCCACUGCUGUUGGCGCACACACACACACACUCCAAGUCUAAAACCGGCGUAAAUUUCGUUUCGUCAAAUCAUCCUCAUCCCCAAAGCAUCCCCAUUAUCCAUGUUUUAGGACAAUGUGUUUUAUGGCGUCAAAACAAAGAAGCCACGAUUUUAGUAGGUUUAGCAAAAAGUCUGAAAAGGAAACACUGUUUCGUUUAGAAAAUGAGGACGCAAAUCUUCCCGACGCCGAAGCUCUUUAACGAGAAAGACGACGAGGACGAGAAGGGACACGAUAUGUCAUCCGCCAUUUAUUCCGCCUGCUCGCACACUUGUCCUUCCGGUAGGGAUAAUAUGUAUCGUAUACAGAAGAUAUCUACAACAGAAAUAAUAUAGGAUAAUAAUACGAGCGUCUAGCAGGGCAGAGACAAAAUAGGACGAAGGAACACCUUUGUUAGUUGUUUAGUGUGAAUGUUAGUGAACAGCAAAAAAAUAACCCACGAAAAAACAAUUCUGUCUCAGUUGCCGUAGAUUAUGCCCUUGUCUGUGACUGUUAGAUGUGUGUAAUCGAAAUAAAAAUGGGAAUGCUUGUGACGCGGGAACGUUGAGCUGGUUGACGAGGGAUAGACAGGGGCUCGCUUGGCUUUUGGUGGGAUUCGGAAAAUGUGUUCCUGGAACAGUAUGGUUCGACUUUUUGAUUGAAAGCACUUUGCUACCCAUUUUAUUGUUUGAAACUUGUUUCCAUUUUUAAAAACUGUGGCCAUAAUAGGACGAUGUUUAAAUAAGCGAUCUCGGUCGUUUUUCCAGCGGCUCAAGUUUUUGAAAAUUUAGUGACUGACCCUCCAAAAAGAACCGAGUUCUCCAUCUUCUACGAUUUAGAAAGUGAGCUCUAUCUUUUGACAACAUAGCAAUUCUCUACGAAAUAUGUUUUUUUUUGUAUUUCUCAAUCCGGCUGAAAUUUUGCGUCAUAUGUUUGUCCAUAUAAUUUUCCAUACAAAUUUGACAGCUCUCCAUACAAAAAAUAUUUAUGAGCAAUUCUCUACCAAAACCGGAAGUGGAUUUUAUUUGUAUUUUUUUAUUUGGCUCAAACUUUGUGGGGGCCUUCCCUAUGACCAAAUCAGCUAUUUUGUGUCAAUGGUUCACCCAUACAAGUCUCCUUACAAUUUUGGCAGCUGUCCAUACAAAAAUGGUACGUUCAUAUUCAAACAGCUGUAACUUUUGAGUGAAUUUUCUGAUCAAUUUGGUGUCUUUGGAUAAGUUUUAAGUAUUAUUGAGGACUAUUGAGAAAAAAUAGGUACACGGAAAAAAAAAUUGCAGAUUUUUUAAUCAACUAUUGUUUCACAAAAACUCAAUUUCCCAAAAUACGUAUUUUUUUGAUUUUCUAGAUUUUUUGAUAUUUUUUAGGGGACAAAAAUCCGCAACUUUUGAGCCAUAGUCAAUAAAUCUUCCGCUGAGUAAUGAUUUUUUGAAAAAAAUAGUGAUUUUUGGAGAAAAAAAUCGAAAUUUCAUCCAAAAACAAAUUUGUCGUAUUUUUUUUUAUGUAAAAUUGAAUUUCCAAUCUAAAAGUACUUUACAGAUUUUUUGAUAAAGGGCUCUGUUCAAGAUAUAGCCACCGAAAGUUUGAUUUUAGCGAAAUAUUUGCAGUUUUUCGAUUUUUUAAAACAGUGACCAUGAGCUACAAUUUCUAAAAAUAUUUUUUUUUGAAUGGUUCAGAAAAUUAGUAAACCACGGUAAUUCAAGAUAAAGAUAAUACAUAAAGAAGAGGUAUAUGAGGCAAAAUGGGCCCUUGUCGUCGUUUGGCGUUUAUGGGAACGUCACCAAUCAAUUCCUCGUGAUUUUCUACAAAAAAAAUACCUUUGCAUGGCAAUAUCUCAGCAACGGUCGUAUCAACAAAGUUCGAAAAGCAAAAUAUAGAGAAUUUUCUCAGUUUUCCAGAAAUAUUUUUUUUUUUCAAAAGUGGGCACCAAUUUUAACAAAAAAAACUGCGACUAUUUUCAAAAAGUUACCUAAAAAUUGCUAUAACUUGAAAACGAGACACUUUAUCAAAAUAUCAUUGAAGAACAUUUUGAAU